AUGACCCUGGCUUCAGCGCGCGAAGCGCUGCUGCUGCUGCAGCAGCAAGACAGCAGCUGCGGGCUGCUGUGGCGGCCUUCUGCUGCUGCUGCUGCUGGUGCACAGGGCCUCCGAGUUGUGAAGCCCCCUGGGCUGGGGGCCCUCGCCGACCACAGCAGCAGCAGCAGCAGCAGCAACACCAGCAGCAGCAGCAGCAGCAGCAGCAGGGGGAUUGCAGCAAAAAGAAGAAGCAGCUGCCCACCAGGAGUCUCCUUUAGGGGAACAGGGGUCCCCCGCAAACUCACUUUUUGUGACCCGGAUUUCCACAUCGAAAUUCUGGGAGGAUUGCAGCAGCAGCAGCAGCAACAGCAGCAGCAGCAGCAGCAGUCGCGGCAACAGCAGCAGCAGCAGCAGCAGCAGCUGAGCAGCAGCAGCAGCAUCAGCAGCGGUAGCAAAAGCAGCAAUAGCGGCAGAAGCA